UGACAGUUUGAAUGAGAUUGCGUCAGUUACGAAUACGAUGACUUUCAACAAUUUUGUUAUUUUUGUUACGGUGUGCGUUAGUUAUUCGAUGGCAUCCAACGUCACGGACAUAAAACUGAAGUACCUCCAAUACGUGUUGGAGUGUGCUACUGAACACUCGGUGUCCACAGAAGAAAUAAGGGAUUUGGCCACACAUAGGAUAGUGAAGGGUGACAACAUCAAGUGUAUGCUGGCUUGUGCCUAUAAAAAGACCGGGAUGACUGAUGAAGAAGGCAAACUAUCAGCUGAAGGUAUGAAAGAGAUUGCGGAGACAGCGUACCAUGACGAUGCGGAAAAAAAGAAGAAAAGCGAGGACUUCACCAAAACUUGUUUACGUGUAAACGAAGAAGAAAUCAUUGGAGAAAGGAAGGAAUGUGAAAGAGCAGCAAAAAUCUUCAAAUGUGCUGCCGACAAUUUUGAUUCCGCUGCCUCCAUGACAGACGAGGAGGUAAAGAUCCAAUUCACGAAAUACAUAAUGAAGUGUCAGAAGGACCAUCCAGUGGAGAUGAGCGAGCUGAUGGCUCUGCAGAGCAUGAAAACACCCACUGAUAAGGAGACUAAGUGCCUUCUGGCUUGCGCUUAUAGGGUUGAGGGGAGCAUGAAUGAUAAAGGAAUGUACGAUUUGGAACAUGGCUACAAAAUUGCUGAGGUGACGCAGAAAGGCGAUGACAAAAGAAUGGCUAAUGCGAAAAAAUUGGCCGAUACGUGUUCAAAGGUUAACGACGAGUCAGUGAGCGACGGUGAAAAGGGAUGUGAAAGGGCUGCUUUGCUGUUCAAAUGUGUCGCUGAAAAUGCCCCAAAGUUGGGCUUCAAAGUUUAAAUAUUUAAAACGCGAGAGGAACCGAAUGCAGUAUUGUACCUACUCUUCAAAGAGGAAUAAUAAAUGUCUUAAUUAAAAUAAAAACAACAUGACUGCGUA